GCGACCCGCCUUUCGUGUUUUGUUCUUCUUUUCGUCCAUUCCGGUUCUUUCUUUACUGGAGAUACCUUCUUGUGGCAUUUGUCGACGCUUUCCAUUACUUACCAAAGCGUUAAAAUGUCUGAAGGACUAGACGUGCUAAGUCUUAAAGAGGAAGAUGUAACCAAGAUGUUGUGUGCUGGCACCCACAUCGGUAGCGAGAAUGUGGACUACCAGAUGGAGCAGUAUGUCUACAAACGUCGUGCUGACGGUAUCCACAUCAUCAAUCUGCGCCGCACAUGGGAGAAGCUUCUUCUGGCUGCACGAGCCAUUGUUGCCAUCGAACAUCCAAGUGAAGUGUUUGUCAUCUCUUCUAAGCCCAUGGGCCAACGUGCCGUGCUCAAGUUUGCCUCUUACACUGGAGCCACUCCCAUCGCUGGCCGCUUUACUCCUGGAGCCUUCACUAACCAGAUCCAGGCAGCAUUCAGAGAGCCUCGUCUGCUAGUGGUGACCGAUCCUGCCACUGACCACCAGCCCAUCACUGAGGCCUCAUACGUCAACAUUCCUGUCAUUGCGUUCUGCAACACCGACUCUCCUCUCAGAUUUGUUGACAUUGCCAUUCCCUGCAGCAACAAGUCUCCCCACUCCAUCGGUCUCAUGUGGUGGUUGCUGGCCAGAGAAGUCCUACACUUCCGUGGCUCUGAGCCCAGGGACAAGAAGUGGAACGUCGUUGUCGACCUCUUCUUCUACAGAGACCCUGAAGAGGCUGAGAAGGAGGAGCAGGCGACCAAGGAGGUUGCCCCUGUGCCUGCUGUGAAGGCGGAGGCUGACUAUGUGAGUCCCACCGAGACCUGGACUGAGACUGCUGAGGUACCCGCAGCGCCCGUGUCACACGGCAACUGGGCUGACGACGCGGCUCCUGCAGCAGCUGCACCAGCAGCCUUUACUGCUGCCACCGAGGACUGGACCGCAGCACCGGCUGUCGACACUGGGGACUGGGCUGCCACUGGAACUGCAAACGAGUGGGGAUCUUCCACCAACACUACCAGCUGGGCAUAAAAUGUUGGUUACAACUCUCUUUGAAUAAAAAGUGAAAAUUUUUA